AUUUCCCCAUUCGUUCGUUCUCGUUUCUGUCGUUCUGCGAUAGCGUUCGUCCCUUGUGUACUGUUAUUUUUAUUAUUAUUAUUAUAUAUAUUUUUUUUUUUUGUAUUGUGUAACUAAACAGUUUUCGUCGUUAAUCAAAGGAUUAUUUGAUAUUUCGUUACAAUAGUACUUAUAGCGCGUUUUUUACCAUUUGUUCGGUGCUAAAUGGAAUUGUUGUAUUGUUAAUUCAUUAUCGUUGACAUACGCGCUAAAAGUUCUCGUCCGCACCAGAGCAGCAUAUUUGCGUCGGUUAUCACUAUUCAAUAAUAUUUAUAACCGUCCGACGAAUUUACUUUGGCGGUUCAUUGUGCGGACUUCCCAACAAUUGGGAUCCCAUUGCCAUCUCGAGUUUCUUCCCCUCUUAUUAAUCAUAUUUCGCCCUGCCAGGCGCGUCAUUUGUUUUCUUCUUUUCAUGUCCGUGCUCGCGUAAAAACCACGAUCGGACGUUCUGUUUUAUCCAUUCCCAAAUCUCUGUCACCAUGUCCGAACUGGUGAACAACAACAGCGGUCAGCCCGACACGUCUGUAUCAAAUCUAGUCGACUCCCAAGAAAGAAGUGUAACCAUUAAUGAAAUGGAAAAUGGCACUUCUAGUGAAGAAAAAGUUAAAGUAGUGAGAUUCAAACAGCCUACACAAAGAUAUACCAAAGAUGCAUUGUUGGAAUUACAAAACUUAAGCAGUUCCAAAGUGCGCCCAAAAUUUUUAGAUAACUUCCCUGAUUUGGAUUUAGAACUUGCUUGUAAAACAAGAAAGGGAAGUAGACCUGUAGCUAAUAGUAAACCAGCUACUAAUACAAAAACUGUAGCAUUUGAUUUACCACCUUGGCAAAACCAACCAACUGAAAAUGGUGAUGCCAAAAUUGAGAAAAAACCUCAAGACGCAAAAGAUCGUUUGAAAAAAGAUCAAGAUAUAGUUCUUAGUCCUCAAAGACGUAGUUUCAAUUCAGGAUGUUUUGUUACUAUGAAUGCUGCUAGUGGACCAAAACGUUCAAAUAGUCCAUUGAAUACUUCUGUCAAACCGUAUGUUGAAAGGGAACCCAUUCGAGAACCUCGAAGAGUUGGCAGUGGUCGAUUGAUGAGUCGAGAUUCUUGGGACACUGGUUAUCGUCAGCCAGAAAAUGGAAUUGGAAAUAAUUUUAAUUUUGGUAAAGGGGGCUUUCGUGAAUCCUCUUCUCAUAGCUCAAUAGAAUCUCGUAGAAAAGAUUUUGAGUUUGACAGAGUAGAAACGGAUCGCUACAGAAAUUAUGAUCGAUUUAAAGGCUCUAGUAAUUAUGAUAGACGUCGAAAUGAAUCUUAUCGAACACAAGAGGAACCAGAAUGGAUGACUGAUGGCCCUACAUCACAACAUGAUACUAUUGAGUUGAGAGGUUUUGAAGAUCCACCUACCGAUAAAGCAAAGAAGAAGAAAACUAAACCAGCUGCCCGUACCAAAAAAAAUUCAAUUGAUUCAACAUCUACAGAAUCGGCAUCUACUGCUAAGGGUACAAGUGAUAUUAAGACAAAGAAAACUAAAAAAGAAAAGGAAGAAGAUAAAAAGAAAAAAUCAACUGCUGACAAACCUAAAAAUGAGUCGGAAGAUCAAACUAAAAAAGAUGCUGAAUCAAUUACUGGAAAUGAAUUUAUUCAAGCUUAUGACGCUGAACAUAAAACAAACGACAAUGUUUUCAACGAUUUUAAUAUUGAUGAUUUCUUAAAACCAGAUUACUUAAAUGAUAUAAUGCAUAUUGAAGGAGAAACUGAUGGGAAUGCAGCUGGUUCACGAUUCCGUCAAUGGUUUACUACACAUGAAAGCAGUCGUGCUUCGUCUGCUUCAACUGAAAUGUUAAACUCAGGAACUAACAAAGGAACAACAGAAAAUGAAGAAGACCCUAGGCAGUUAACAUCAAUGCUAAUGGGAAUGGUUAAAAAUAACAGUCAAAAUGAAUUAAAAAAUAUAACAAAUGCGUAUGACUCUAUCACAUCAAGUGAGAAUAAUAAACUUCCUCCUGCUAUAAUGGAUGUGAUUAAAGCUAGUGCACCUCAGUUGUCUGAUCCUAAAGCUGCCAUACGUGAUUUAGAAGUUAAUGGUAAAGUUCAAAGCCUUGAAGAAAUUGAAUCUAGGUUGCGUAUGUCUAGUUCACAACAAAAUGGGUUUUUACCACCACCCAACAAUGUUAACAAUGUUCAAUUCCACGAAGAAAUGAAACUCAAGAAACUGCAAAACAUGAAAAUACCUCUAAAUGAGCAUGAAAAUUCAAGCAAUGAUGGACAUCUAACAAACAACUCUCAAACAAAUUAUUCUAUUUUGCAGAUGCUGAAUAAUGCGCAAGGUCCUCAAAAUUAUAUGAUGAACCAAGGACAGAAUACUGUCGGUCCAUAUGGUCCUUCAAACAAUAAUUAUCGUAGUCAACAAUCCAACAUGCAGGUUCCUAAUGAUCUUGUUAUGAAACUGAUGGAAGCACAACAGAUUCAAAAACAACAUGAAAAUAUGGUUGCAAAAGCUAUGGCUGCUCAACAACAGUCUAAACAACAGAUGUAUAAACUUCCUGUGGAAUUACAAAAUAUGGUAAAUUUCUAUACACCAACUAAAGAUAUUUUACAAAGCCGUGAAGCUCAAGAAAUGCUUAUGGGAAUAAAACGUGGUGAAGUAAUGCUACAUCAUUUGGUUGAACAAUGGAAAAAAACUAGUCCAAAUCAGUCUCGUUAUCGUGAAACUCUUAUUUGUCUUAUGAAAGUGUUUCAACAUUCAAAUAAUACUCAAAGAAUGGUCAAUCAACAGGAUUUGGUUUACCAACAACAAGCAGCAUUAUAUCAAAGUCAAAUUCUUAAAAGACAGUUGCUUGAUCAAACCCAUAAAAGAAUGGAUAAUAUUCAUAACGCGUAUGGGGGAGAAGGUCCGAUAGACUUAGGCUCAUCUCAAUCCCAGUCUCAACCACGAAUUGGCCUUACUCCUACAUCAGUAUUACGUAAAAUGACUUCAACCUCUGAACCUUUACUAGAUAAACACCACAUACCUGACGAAAGAUCUGCUAACCAGCAUGCUCUUCAGCAUCAAAUAAAUACUUUACAACAACAAAUCCAACAACAACAGUUUAUGCAACAACAACAGCAGCAGCAGCAACAACAACGACCUGUUAACACAACUAUCCAACAAAUAUUAAGUGGUAACUAUCCCAGGUAUCACGGAACUCAACAACAUCAACAACCGCCUAAUAAUUUAAAUGGGCGUGGUAUGAACUACGGAUCUGGGGAUAAAAGUCGCAUGAACCGUGUACAGUCUCCAGUGAGCAACCAACUUGCUCGUUGGUUUUCUCCAGAACUCUUAGCACAAGCCCGUGCUGGCCGUUUGCCAAACAUGCCAGUCAUGUCACAAAAUGUGAAUAUGCUCAGUGUCGAAGAUAUUGAAAAGUUCCAAGUUGGUGGUCGUUCUUAA